AUGAGAGAACGCGCUUUAAUUGUAGAAAAUACCAAAAAUGACAACCUUUUUAAUCGAAAUGGUCCAAGGAACGCUUCAGGCACACAGAAACGAAAAUCUAAUAAUUAUGGCGCAGUAAAAAAUCCAAGAGAACAAACCAAAGCUCAAUCGAAAAAGAAAAGUAAUAUAAUGACAGAAAGAUAUAUUCAAAUAUUAUCCGACAAUGAAUCUGACGAUUAUAAUGAGCAUGACGAUAAUGAUAUUGAAGAAGAAAACGAAACCAACUACGCAACUAAUGAUGGAAGAAGUACCGGGAGCAAUGAUAUGGCUGAACUGAUUGGUCUUCUUCAAACAAAAUCUAAGAAAAAGACUACAUUGAGCUUUAACAAAUUUGAACAUGAACAAGAAGCACGGUUGGAAGAAGCUAGGAAAAUGAUCGAUGGUGAAAAUGGUAUUAUAGCCACAUGGGCUAUCGAAAUGGAAGAAAUUACAUUUAAUGCAAAAAGAAAGAUCGAUGAUCGAUUAGGAAAAGAGAAUGAAUAUAUUAAGAAACAGAAACUCGAGCUUGAGAGAUAUCAGUCGAGCACCACAAAAGUAUUAGAUAACCUUACGAAGCUUCAUAAACAAAGCCAAAGAUUAGGACGGGAUCUUGAUAACGAUCUGAAGAAACUAUAUGCAAUCGACCAGGCUGAAUUAAAUGAAGCGUUAGACCAAUUUAUUAAACAGCAAAACCAUGAAGAUCAUGAUAUAAAAGCACUUAAAAAACGAUUAUAUGAGUGUCUACUUAUUUUCUCCGCAUCUCCUAUUCUUUACAUUAUAUUAAAUGCAAUAUUUGCUCAAGCGGCAUUAAACGUCGACUAUGUUACAAUUGAGGGAUUAGAUUACUUUAAGGGACAUGUAGAUAAUUCAAACCCAGCAUUAAAAUCGAUAAAUUCUUUUGCUUUAAAAGCUUUAAAGCAAGACAAACCAUAUUCAGUAACAAACACAACAGUGAUCCCACCAAAUGGAGAUAAACGUGAAUAUCUUUCAUAUGCACCAUAUUUAUGGCCAAAUUGUGAUGGUAUACAAAAUGUCUCAGAUCCUCAAACUCAAUGCCCUUACAAAUCAUAUGACGGAAUGUUUAAUCCUGAUGUUAAAAAGCUCUCUGAUCCAUCUGAUUCGAGAAAGAUGAUUGAUAGUGUAGUAAGCUUAUCAUUCGCUUAUAAAUUAAAUGAUGGUGAUAAAGCUGAAAAUUUUGCUAGAAAAGCUGUACAAUUGUUGGAUGUUUGGUUUGUUAACGAACAAACAAGUAUGUUACCCGACGUAUAUUAUGGUCAAGUACAAAGAGGUCCCGGAGAAUGGAAAGGAAGGGAAGAAGGAAUCCUUGAUUUACGUUUUUACGUUUACAUUCCAAUCGCGAUUAAAAUUCUUGAAAAUUCAAAAGCAUGGAACGAUAAUGUCAACAAAGGAUUAAGAAAAUGGUUUUCGGAUUUUUCGGAUUGGUUAAUAAAUUCUGAAUUAGGGAAAGGAGCAGCCGAAAGGUCCAAUAAUCAUGCAACAUUUUACAUAGCCCAAUUGGCGACUUAUUUGGAUCUUUCUGGAAGAACUGAGGAAGCAAAAAAUGUCAUUAAAACUUUUGUUGAUAUAACAUUUCAAAAUACCAUCUUGAAAUCAGGAGAACAGCCGAAAGAAAGCAAACGAACAAAACCAUUUCAUUAUCAAUGUUUUAAUUUAGAAGCUUUAACAUAUAUUGCUAAAUUUUCAUUAAGGAUAGAUGGAAUAAAUUUAUGGGAAGCUAAAACAAAAUUUGGUGGUACUAUUCAAAAUGCCGUUGAUUUUCUGGUUGAUUUGAUAGAAAAUGGUAAGGUCAAGGAAGAUGAAACCGUUCUUUUGCCUGCUUUAUAUAAAUCUAGAGAUUAUUAUGGUGAUAAAUCCGGUAAAUAUUCUAAAAUCCUAAAUAGAUUGUUACAAAAGACAGAUGGUGCCACUGAAUGGUGGACGAUAUAUAGUCCAGAGAGUUUAGAAGGUGUUCCUAAAACAGGUUCCGCCUCAGCUUUACUUGGCAGUUCAUCAUAUGGUAUUUUCGGUUUAGUUUUAGGAAUUUUCUUUGCUUUGUUAACAUAG